CUCCCCUGCCCGCCCGCCCGUGGUCAGCGUCGCCGGGUCCCGGUGCUGUGGGCGCUGCGCCGCCAGCCGCAGCCGCCGGGCCGUGUCCUGCCCCGCCCCGCCCGGGGCUGCGCGGCCCCCGCUGCCCGCCCGUCUGCCCGCCCGCCCGCGGGCCGCAGGAGAUCCUGUUCCAGAGGUGUGUGGAGGCAGCUACCACUUGUCUUAGAAUAGGCAAACCAGGUGCCAGGGACCCUUCUCUGUUCAGGUUAGUCCAAGAUGGCAGACCAGAGGCAACGCUCGCUGUCUACCUCUGGAGAGUCGUUAUACCACGUGCUGGGACUGGACAAGAAUGCUACUUCUGAUGAUAUUAAAAAGUCAUACAGGAAACUUGCACUCAAAUACCAUCCUGAUAAAAACCCUGAUAAUCCAGAGGCGGCAGAAAAAUUUAAAGAGAUCAAUAAUGCACAUGCAAUAUUGACCGAUGCGACAAAGAGAAACAUUUAUGAUAAAUAUGGUUCCCUGGGUCUGUAUGUAGCAGAGCAGUUUGGCGAAGAAAAUGUGAACACAUACUUCGUGCUGUCUAGCUGGUGGGCAAAGGCCUUGUUCGUGUUCUGUGGGCUCAUCACAGGCUGCUACUGCUGCUGCUGUCUGUGUUGCUGCUGUAAUUGCUGCUGUGGGAAGUGUAAACCUAAACCUCCUGAAGGCGAGGAGCAGGAAUACUACGUCUCUCCAGAGGACUUGGAGGCACAGUUGCAGUCAGAUGAAAGGGAGGCCUCAGACGCACCUAUUGUGAUACAGCCAGCAUCAGCCACAGAGACAACCCAGCUCACAGCUGACUCUCACCCUAGCUACCACACUGAUGGAUUUAAUUAAGUUAAGGAAACACUGUAAUUAGAAUGGUUUAAAAAAAAAAAAUACAUGGCCAACUCAACACUAGAAUCAUGAACAUUAGAAGUAGGGAAUGGGGAGGGGGAAAAAUUCUGCCACAGUAAGAAGGCAGCUUUCCAACCUGCUGAAAGUAUUUUGUAAUCCCUUCAGCCUUUUGUCACCUUUCAGUGUCGUAUCUUGAUGAUACGUGAAGUGCUGUAGCAUGCAGUAUGUAAAGCAGUUUAGCUACGGUCUUAUGUUUCCUUUCUCUUCCUUUUUUUUUGUUUGUUUUUUUUGUUUUGGUUUUCUUUGUUCUUUUUUUUUUAAUAGCAUGUAUGGAGUUACGUUAAAUGUCUGUGGUGUAAUGUAUUGAGUUGUCACAGUAUGUGUGAUGGAGACAUUCUGCAUUUUAAGCAGUGGUACUGGCCUAAAAUGAGACUUAAAGUUUCACAGGAGCCACCAUACUUUCAUACAGCCAAGCUGUCAAAAACCCUUUAAAAAAAAAAAGCUCAUGAUUUUUAUUUGGGUGCAACAAGCCAAUUCUCUUAUUCCUGCUUUUAUUCCUGCUACCUAAGCAAGUUUACAAAGCCAAGAACCAAAAAAUGCCAGUCCUGCAGAGCUAGAUUCCUCUUCUAAUGCUGGUUUACAGCUUAAAUAAAUACACCUUGGAAAAAAAAAAAAAAAACAAGAAG